GCUCAGAUUAUUCCUCAGUGGGAUGGUUACCUGGUACUGAAUCCCUGUGGCAGUCCGCAGCCAUUUCAUCAAGCAGUCAAAGCAAUCCUGUCAGAAGACACAGUAUAGCUUCCGACAGCGGAGACACUGGGAUUGGUACCUCCUGUUCUGAUAGUGUGGAAGAUCAUUCAACUUCAAGUGGUACAUCUUCGUUUAAGCCCAGCCGAUCACUGGUUUCUAUUCCCACUGCCCAUGUGAUGCCGUCUAAUGCCAGCUCUUCGCUUUCCAAACGCAGGGAAGCUUUCAAGUCUGAUGGCUCAAAAUGGAGUACAAGCUUUGUACGGUCAGGAGGAGGCAGAAAUCAGGGUGCCCUGGACAAUUCGCUUGACAUGAAAGAUGCAAGACCUGUAAGAAAAUGGUCCUCCUUGUCUAAACUCAGCUCACCAAAUACCUUCAGCCAAGAUGGCAGUAGCCAUUCAGUGGACUCCAGGGCCAGUGCAGACAAAGCUAUGUCACCACAAUUAAGGACAAAUGGGCCAAGUUGUUUGCAUGAUAGCAUGGAGUUGCUAAAAAUUGAGGACAAAGAAAUGGGGAAAAAACGAUCUUCUCUACUGGACUGCAAAUACAAAUUUGAAACGUGCAGCAGAGACGAUUUUGUUUCAGAUUCCUCAAGUAGGAGACAUGCCUUAGACUUGACAUACAGUGCCUUACCUGAAAGCAAACCUACGGGAGCCAGUGGUGAAGCUUUCGGGCAGCGAUAUGCAACUCUGGGACAACAGGCUGUAAGUGGGGCUCCCAUACAGCCAGCAGUGAGGACUCAGAUGUGGCUUAAAGAACAGUUACGGGCAAAUCCCCUGGACUGCAGGACUGCUGAGGAGCCCUAUGGCAUAGCUUCAUGGCAUGUACAGCAGCUUGAAGACUUCAGAAUAGGAGGUGAACAGCCUGUGCAG